CCGCACCAUGGGCUUCGAGCUGGACCGCUUCGACGGCGAGGUGGACCCCGACCUGAAGUGCGCCCUGUGCCGUAAGGUGCUGGAGGACCCGCUGACCACGCCGUGCGGCCACGUCUUCUGCGCCGGCUGCGUCCUGCCCUGGGUGGUGCAGGAGGGCAGCUGCCCCGCGCGCUGCCGCGGCCGCCUGUCGGCCAAGGAGCUCAACCACGUGCUGCCGCUCAAGCGCCUCAUCCUGAAGCUGGACAUCAAGUGCGCGCACGCGGCCCGGGGCUGCGGCCGGGUGGUCAAGCUGCAGGAGCUGCCCGAGCACCUGGAGCGCUGCGACUUCGCGCCCGCGCGCUGCCGCCACGCGGGCUGCGUGGCCGCGCCGGCUGCGGGCAAGGGCGAAGAGACCAAAAGCCUGACCCUGGUCCUGCACCGUGAUGCUGGCUCUCUUGGCUUCAACAUCAUCGGUGGCCGGCCAUGUGCGGACAACCAGGACGGCUCGUCCAGUGAAGGAAUCUUUGUAUCCAGAAUAGUGGACAGCGGGCCCGCAGCCAAGGACGGAGGCCUGCAGAUUCACGACCGGAUCGUGGAGGUCAACGGCAAAGACUUAUCCAGAGCGACGCAUGACCAGGCUGUGGAGGCUUUCAGAACGGCCAAGGAGCCCAUUGUGGUCCAGGUGCUGCGAAGGACGCCGCGGACCAAAGCGUUCCCGGCCGCACCCGAGUCGCCGCUGGUGGACACGGGCACCCAGACUGACAUCACCUUCGAGCACAUCAUGGCUCUCUCCAAGAUGCCCCCCCCGGCACCGCCCGCGCUGGAGCCGUACCUCUUGCCGGAGGAGCAUCCCUCGGCCCACGAGUACUAUGACCCCAGCGACUACCUGGGAGGGGUCCAUCAGGACAUGGACAGGGAGGAGCUGGAGCUGGAGGAGGUGGACCUGUACCGAGCAAACAGCCAGGACAAGCUGGGCCUCACCGUGUGCUACCGGACAGACGAUGAGGAUGACCUUGGGAUUUACAUAAGUGAGAUUGACCCCAACAGCAUCGCGGCCAAGGACGGGCGCAUCCAGGAAGGCGACCGCAUCAUCCAGAUUAAUGGGAUAGAGGUACGGAACCGCGAAGAGGCUGUGGCUCUCCUAACCAGUGAGGAAAACAAGAACUUUUCCUUGCUCAUCGCAAGGCCUGAGCUCCAGCUGGACGAGAGCUGGAUGGACGACGACAGGAACGACUUCCUCGACGACCUGCACAUGGACAUGCUGGAGGAGCAGCACCACCAGGCCAUGCAGUUCACGGCCCGCGUGCUGCAGCAGAAGCAGCAUGAGGAAGACGAGGGGACCACGGACACGGCCACCGUCCUGUCCAACCAGCACGAGAAGGACAGCGGGGUGGGCCGCACCGACGACAGCACCCGCAACGACGAGAGCUCGGAGCAGGAGCACACCGGGGAGGAGGCCCCCGCGCCGGCCCCCCGCGCCGGGCGGAGCCCAGCCGGGGAGCCGGGGCUGCGGGAUGCCGAGCUGCUGGAGCUCAGGUGCCCGGCGGGGGGCGCCCCGGAGGGCGUGGACCGGGAGCUGGAGCUGCUCAACGCUGAGUUGCGCAGCAUCGAGCUCGAGUGCCUGAGUGUCGUGCGAGCCCACCGGGCGCGGCAGCUGCGGGAGGCCUGGACGCUGCACCCCAGCGGCUUCCGUGGCUGCGACACGGACCCGGACGGCCACCGGCACGAGCUCUCGGACAUCACCGAGCUCCCCGAGAAGUCAGACAAGGACAGCUCCAGCGCCUACAACACCGGGGAGAGCUGCCGGAGCACCCCCCUCGCCCUGGACGUGUCCCCGGACAGCUCACUGAGGAGGGGGGCCGAGGGGACCGCGGGGGCCUGCGGGCCGUCUCCCGAGAGCCCGCUGUGCAUCACCGAGGACACCGACCUGGCGCACAUCCCAGCACACGCACGGCGCUACCGCAGCUACAUGCAGCUGGUGCAGCAGAAGUCCGCCGUGGAGUACGCGCACAGCCAGGUGAGCCUGCUUGGCGCGUGCAAGGACCUCGGCCCCGCGGGCCCGCCUGAGCCCCGCGCCGAGUGGAAGGUGAAGGUGCGCAGCGACGGCUCCCGCUACAUCACCAAGCGGCCCGUGCGCGACCGCCUGCUGAGGGAGCGCGCCCUGCGGAUUCGGGAGGAGCGCAGCGGCCUCACCACCGACGACGACGCGGCCAGUGACAUGAAGCUGGGCCGCUACUGGAGCCGGGAGGAGCGCAAGCAGCACGUGGCGCGCGCCAGGGAGCAGCGGCGGAGGCGCGCGCUCCUGCUGCAGAGCCGGCUGGACGGCCCCCGGGAGCAGCCCGCCGAAGACGACCGGAGAGAGGUGAGCAUCCUGGAGCUGAGCCACAAGAAGAUGAUGAAGAAGCGGAACAAAAAGAUACUGGAUAACUGGAUGACCAUCCAGGAACUGCUGACCCACGGCACCAAGUCCCCGGACGGCACUAGAGUGUAUAAUUCCUUCCUCUCGGUAACUACUGUAUGAGCACGAGGUGCACGGACACCCGCCCGGUGGGUAGGAGAGCCUGCCUCGUUCGGUGCGGCAGAGCUUUGUAUGUAAGAUAAGGUUGUGUGUAUAGUCCAGCUGUGCACCUCCGGGGUCAUAGCUUUAUUUUAAGUGGAGAAAGCCGCCCCGAGCGAUCUCGGAAGGCAAUAUAAACAAACGGCCUUUUCCAAAUAGCUAUGGUACUUUUUUACUUGUUACCUUUUACAUAGUGUUUAAAUUUCAAAAAGACCUUUUUAUUAAGCAUACUUUCACAGAAUAAUUUGUUUAAACUAUAUUCCUAUAAAAAAGUUAAACAUGCUUUUUUUCUGCUGAAAAUACAACUGCCAGUAUGUAUUUUUAACGGAACCCUAUUUUAUAAUGUUACUUUGCUGAAUGUGUUUCAUGUGAGUGACCGUUAAUAUAUUAUUUAGGUCAGGGCUUCAACUCCACCAACCGGUGAACGAUGUAAUACACAAAAUCAAACCAGCCAUGUUUAAAUGUAUGUUUCAGCCCGACACAUUUUUCUGGUUAAAGUUCCCACGAGUGUAAAACUUUAAACAGAAAGCAGAGUAUCUUGCAGCUCUAUGGAAGUUGAAAGCACGUUUGCAAACAGUGCAGCUGGUGGGGAAGAUGUGCGCAGGGGAGUCUCGGUGGAGACGGUGGGUGGAGCUUUCAGGCUACUCCUAACUAACCUUCGCUGUGUAGAUUUGAAGGGAUGGACUCUUUACAGGCAGGUUCACUAGGUCAUGAUUGCUCACAAACAUUAAGUAAAAUGAAGUUAAAAUAAAUUAUUUUCUACUUGACAUGUUUUGAGGUGCUUUCUCAUUUUUGAAGUGGUGCCUCUGAAAUAAAAGCCUUUGCAGUGUUA